AUGCUGGGAGUUGUAGUCCAUCCCUCCGGGCAACUGCCGCCCUCCGAUCCCCCUUGCCUAUUCCACAUAGCCACUUACCUACCGUUCACCCGAGCCUCUCCCGGAGCUCCCGCCUUCCCGGCCGCCUCCGGAGGCCGACCACCUCUCCACUCUGAAAUCCCGCGGCCGCCAGCCGCUGCUGGCCAGGCGCUCCGUGCGGAGAACGAGAACCCGCCGCUGCGCCGCCGGGAGCGUUACCACGGCAACGGGAAACAGCGUCUCGGACGGACAGUGGGAGGAGCCAAACUUCGCCGGGAGCUGCCGUUUGCUGCUGGGGCGGCAGGCGGCGUGUCCCGGCGUGGCGGAGAGCACCUCUCAUGAUUCAAAAAUGAAAACAGAAGAAUUCAAAUAAGAGAUAAAACACUAAUACAGAAGUACUAUCUAAGUGUCGUCAGUGGAAUUUUCCAGGCUCUAGGUCUUAUGCUUUUGACAUUUGACCUGUGGCUUUUAUUCAAGAGAAACAAUUUAUUCAGUGUUUUCUUUGGGGAAAACCAACUAGUGACAUAUAUUUCUUGUGUAUUACUUGGCAUUGGAUCUGUUAUUACUUUUACAUCAACCAUGGGAUUCCUUGGAAGUACUGUGGAAAUCAAAUGUCUACUUAUUAUACUAAGUUAUAUGGGUUUUCAAAUGCUGGUGUUGGUUAGCCAGAUAGCAAUAUUGGUGCUGAUAAGUAUGAAGAAAGAAGAGGGAUGUGAAGAAUAUUGAAAUACAUGGUUUGAAAACAAUGUCUUAACUGCAGUUGCUAUCAGCCUACUAAUUACACAGAUUUUUUUGAUCACACUUACUCAUCGGCUGUUUAGAAACAUCAGAAAGAAUAAUAUUUGACCAAAUGAAUCAUGA